CGCGUCCCCUCCUCCAGGAAGUGCACUGCCCAGGGUCGCCCACCUCGAGCGGGCGCUGCCCGCCGCGCCCCCUCCCCGCCCGGCUACUGCAGCGGCCCCGCGGGCACACGCCUCCCCAUACCUUACAUGGACAAAUGCGUGCAGGCAAAGUCAGGAAUUCAGGCCCCUGACGUCAGCCUCCAGCGCUCAGGGCACCGCACGGGAGACCGCGGGGAGGGGGUGGGGAGGAAGGAGGGGGAGAGCACCAACCAGCAGCCGCUCCCGGCCUGCCGAAGUUUCACUUUUUGUCUGUGGGUUCGCUCCCGGGCCCCGCUCCAGCUUGCCCCGGGAAUAAGUAGCAUUAGCGGCGGGAAGAGCCGGCCGCUUGCAAGGACCUGAAGAGAAUCCUGACAGCUAGAGUGUUGGAAGAGGCUUGAAAAGAAGGCAAGCAGGAAGCUUUGCUCUCUGAGCUGCUUGGGACCCCUCUCCAGGGUGGUCUCCAGGGAGAAAGCUGGUGGGAACUCAAGGACAGAAGCAGAGAGGAUCUGUCAGCUGGUUCUGCAUUUGCCAUUGUUCUCUAUUCCCUCAGUGGAGGGGAGCUAUUUUCCCUCAGCUGAGACUAGCCUAUCAUCUGGCUGAGCCUGUGUCCAUUGUCCAUCCCUAAAGCCAGAAGCUGCUUGAGAUUUCAACGAUGUCUCACCCAUCUUGGCUGCCACCCAAAAGCACUGGUGAGCCUCUUGGCCACGUUCCUGCCCGGAUGGAGACCACCCAUUCUUUUGGGACCCCCAGUAUUUCCGUGUCGACACAGCAGCCACCCAAGAAGUUUGCUCCAGUGGUGGCCCCAAAACCCAAGUACAAUCCGUACAAGCAGCCCGGAGGAGAGAGUGACUUUCUCCCACCCCCACCUCCACCUUUAGAUGAUCCCGGUACCCUUCCACCUGGCUCUGGACACUUCCCUCCUCCUCCACCACUGGAUGAAGGUGCUUUCAAAGUCCAGCAGGGAAAUCCUGGAGGCAAGACCCUGGAGGAAAGGCGGUCCAGUCUGGAUGCCGAGAUUGAUUCCUUGACCAGCAUCCUGGCUGAUCUGGAGUGCAGCUCUCCUUAUAAGCCUCGGCCCCCACAGGGCUCUACUAGUGUAACGGCCACUCCUCCAACUGCUACUCCAGUCACAGGACAUAAGAGAAUGGUCAUUCCCAACCAGCCCCCUCUGACGGCCACCAAGAAGUCGGCCGUGAAACCACAGCCUGCUCCCCAGGCGGCACCCAUCCCAGUGGCUCCCAUUGGAACUCUCAAACCACAGCCUCAGCCAGUUCCGGCCUCCUACACGACAGCCUCUACACCUUCAAGGCCCACCUUCAACGUGCAAGUGAAGUCAGCCCAGCCCAGCCCACAUUACAUGGCUGGCCCAUCUGCUGGACAGAUGUAUGGUCCAGGGCCUCAUGGCUAUAACACCCAGCCAGUUCCUCUGUUGGGACAGGGUCCUCCUCCCUCAGCUCGUGCUGGUACCGACUAUGCAUACAUCCCACCCCCAGGACAUCAGCCUGAGCCGGGAUAUGGGUACACCUCCAACCAAGGACGAUAUUAUGAACCCUAUUAUGCAGCAGGGCCUGGUUACGGGGCCAGAAAUGAUGCGGAUCCUUCUUAUGGACAACAGGUUCACCCGAAUACCUGGAAGCGGGAGCCAGGGUAUGCUGCUCCUGGAGCUGGGAAUCAGAACCCUUCUGGGAUGUAUCCAGCCAGUGGUCCUAAGAAGACCUAUAUCACAGACCCUGUGUCAGCCCCCUGUGCACCACCAGUGCAGCCAAAGGCUGGACACCCUGGGCCUAUGGGGGCUCCUUCUGUUCCCCCAUCAUUCCGGCCAGAAGAUGAGCUGGAGCACCUGACCAAGAAGAUGCUGUAUGACAUGGAAAAUCCCCCUUCUGAUGAGUACUUUGGCCGCUGUGCUCGCUGUGGGGAGAACGUGGUUGGGGAAGGGACAGGAUGCACCGCCAUGGAUCAGGUCUUCCACGUGGACUGCUUCACCUGCAUUGUCUGUAACAACAAGCUCCGAGGACAGCCUUUCUAUGCCGUGGAGAAGAAGGCCUACUGUGAGCCCUGCUACAUUAAUACUCUGGAGCAGUGCAACGUGUGCCACAAGCCCAUCAUGGAGCGGAUCCUCCGGGCCACCGGGAAGGCCUACCACCCCCACUGCUUCACCUGCGUGAUGUGCCACCGCAGCCUGGAUGGCAUCCCGUUUACCGUGGACGCCUGUGGCCUCAUCCAUUGCAUCGAGGACUUCCACAAGAAAUUUGCCCCACGCUGUUCUGUGUGCAAGGAGCCUAUCAUGCCUGCCCCGGGCCAGGAGGAGACCGUCCGCAUCGUGGCUCUGGACCGUGAUUUCCACGUGCACUGCUACCGCUGUGAGGAUUGUGGUGGCCUUCUGUCUGAAGGAGACAACCAAGGCUGCUACCCCUUGGACGGACACAUCCUCUGCAAGACCUGCAACUCAGCCCGCAUCAGGGUGUUGACCGCCAAGGCAAGCACCGACCUGUAGAGUCAGCCGCCCGCCGCCCAGCUGCUGCGCGUGCGUGCGGCCCCGAGAAGAGUGAAACACGAGAAAAAGAUAAGAGAAGAAAUAGAAAAAUAGAGGCAAAGUUCUCAACCCCUGGGAUGGUCUCUGUUCUUCACCUGCUGUUAACCUUUCCUUUAGAAGCACAUACAUGAUGGGAUUUGUUGAAGUUCCUACCGAAUACACAUUUCACAUUGAAUCAUGUAGGGCCUUCGUGAGCCUUUGUUGCGAGGACUUCCACAUUUUUGCACAGAUUAUGCCCCCGUCCCAUUCACUUCUGCAUUCCUGGAACUUUUAAUCCCCGUGCUUGUCUCACUUUUCAGCUGGUUGAAUAGAUGUUUAGUGUGGUAUUUGCUGUCACGUGAUUUUCCCUGGGUGAAUGUGCCAGCCUGCAGGUGCUGUUAGCUUGAUGUCCCAUCCGUCCUGUCACCUUUCCCUCCGGCUGUGGCUACAGAAGUUAGCCAUCCUGUCGCCAGGUAUGGCAAAGGUGAAUUCUCCCAUUGUGCUACACUGCUCGCAACUCCUGGUAAACAUAAAGCGGGGAGGUGGUUGUACAUUUUUUCCGCUGGGCUAUAAAGAAUUUAUGUGAAAAAGCUACAUAAAUUAACAGGAGCCCAAAUUUAGUUUGCAGUUAUCCAAAUUCGUAAUCUGUAGUGCCCAGUGGUCAAGGCUCAUUUGAAAACGUUUAUUGGCCAAUAGCUAAAAAGUGGAAAAAGAACCAGAUUUCACUACGGAGCUAAAGAACCCACAUGGGAAAUGCUAGCCAAACGAUUGCUGUUUGUAUUUGAAAAGCCCAGUAUAUUUCAACAGUUCCACCUUGAGAUUUUCCUCGCCACCCUAUCUGCACAUAAGGCAGACUUGCUUUUGGUACAUUUCCAAUUCUCUCCAACACUUCAUCUUAGAAGUACCGUGAAUUUUCUCCUAAUACACAAACGUGGUUACUACAGUUAACAUCUAUCUGCAGAGGAUAUGUAUUAAAAAGGAAUCAAAAUCUUAUCUUUCUUCAUUUUAUAAUGACCCAAAUCUGUUUUUUUCCCUGAAAAUUGCAAAUUGGGACACAUAAAAUGAAGUUAUGUAACCAUGUUUCGUCUUCUUUAAAAAAGAAAGAAAAGCUGGGAAAAGAUUGUGAAACCAGAGUCUUAUUAUUCUUAUAAUCCUUCUGCAACUCAAGUACAUAUUGCAGGAGACAUUUUCCUAUCUUCAGUGUGACAUUUACACCACACUUUCAAAGACAAUCACUGAAAACAAAAUUGUCUUUCUGAGCUAAAAAUAUGCAGAAUGGCUGCCGAGAAUCUUUCUGCGAACUCUUAUUAGCCAGUGAAACGCUUGCAUGCCAACUGGAGCCAGUCGGCUUUGUCGAGAGGAGAGACCUCGCUUAGCAGUCACGGCUGGCCAUUUGGUGAACUCACUGCUCAGUAUCUUGGGAUGAGAUUUCCCAAACCUCUUUUUAAAUCUUCUACAAAUAUAUACUUUUAAAUUAUGGAAUACUUUAUACAGAAGGGUAUAAAUAAUAAUAUAAUGAAUCCCUCUGUAGGUAACACCCAGUCCUAGAAAUAUAGUCACCUUAAAUCCCACAAAUACCUUUUUAUCUCUCUUAGACGGUGCUGGGAGUUGAACUCGGGUCUCACGCACUUGACAAGCACCCUGCCGCUCCUGCGUCCCCAGCCCUUCUGUUACUUUUCUUUUUUUUUUUUUUUUAAAAUCUUUAUGACAUGAUGAUCUUCUAGUCUGACAGUUUUAAUUUUAACAUUUAGAGCAAAAUUUUUUUUAAUUACUUGUGCAUGUUUAAAAUUGCAAAGCCAUGCCUCAGGAAUUCCAUAAAGUUUAUUUUACUUGAAUAGAAGUCAUCAUAAAAGUGAUUAAAAGAAACCCCUAAGCCUUUGUCACUCAGCUCAUCUGGGUCAAUCGGUGGCUUAUUUACUUUCCUCGCUAAGCAGUGUGCAUCCCCAGAGCUAUGAAUUGCAGGGGCUUCCUCUACUGCCUGCUCCUACCUUGCUUCUCUUCUCGCGAGAGUCAUGGAGGGUAGCUUGUGGAUUUCAGGAUAUGGUGGUGGCUCUGUCCCUGAAUUCCUGUCUUCCAAAUCAAAGGCUGGGCUGUGCCAAUGACCUCAGAGAACACUGCCUGUCAGACAGCCGAGAUGGCAGUCCAGUCUGCUUGAGCUCACUAGAAUGUCCACCAUAAAAUGGUUCAGGAAAUUGUCUUUACGCCAAAAGUAGAGUCCAGUUUAAUGAGGGCAGGAAUUGUGUCUAGAAAUGUAGUAAUAUUGCUAUAAAUUUAGACAACAGAGGAAGAAUUUAUGUAAUAUUUAUACUGUAGAGCAAUCACAUCCUAGUUGUUUGGUACCUUUAACUCCUUCUGUAACCGGAUGUUUACAUGCGAGAGUUACAGGAAAAUGCUGCCGGCCACAGCUUCUUCCCUGAGGUUUUCUGGGCAGAGCUCUCCCUGCAUACAGCCUCUCAGCGCUUUCUCAUCAAGUAACCUCAGAGUAUCUUUACCAAAGAUUUUUAAAGUGAAUUUCUUUUUAAUAUAGACUUAUCUUUUAUAAUAACGAAUGUGCACAUACACAUAUACAGAAAUAUUUAGAAUUAGAUGUUUUUCUUUCACAAGGUCUAAUACGUAUAAAGGAUCCUACCACUUUAUUCUGCAAUUUCUUUAAUAUAUGAUUUACAUUGCCUUUUUGUUUUCUCCUACUACGAAUUUGAUUUAAAUAAUACCCAGUCACUCUGUUCUUUACUCUUUUAGCUAUUCAAAGUUUUGCCUACUGUAGAGAUAUAAGGAUCAUAUUACUUUAAUUAUUAUACACAUUGUCUUUUGAUAUAUUGCUUCACUAUCAUUUAAAUACAUAAAUAGAAAAUAUAAUGUCUGUAAUAGAAAACUUGUCAAAUUCUAUCUGAAUUGUUUAAAUAUCAAGAGCACAAACACUUGGUUAUUCUGUAUCAAAUGCAAUACAUAGAUAAGGAAAAAACCCACCGUCACGAGCUCUGCAGAGAACAUUUCAAAGUAAGAUUCUCUUUCUGUUUUGAUAGUGGUGGGGAUGGAUCUCUGAGCCUUUCAUGAAACAGACCAGCCCUCUACCAUAGCUAAGCCUCCCAUCCAGAAUAAGGCUUUGUAGCUGUUGGGGUUCCCAUUUCAGACUGGCUCAAUAUGGAGCUGGGCAAACAAAAUGGCCUUUAAAACUCACAAAGACAUCAUCACAAGUCGUAGCUCAAGGCCUCAGCAUUCCUGAAAUAUUGCCGUCUCUGCAGCUCAAAGACGUGGGCUUUUUCCUGUCACUAGCGCGUGGCUGUUCCUGAUGAAAUGACCUCUCUGAUCACAAUUACUACAUGGGUUAUAUGCUGAUUAAUGAAAUGCACUUGAAAACACUAAUUGUUUUCUACAAAAAUGUCUGCAAAUAUGUCUAUGGUGGGCUUUUAAAAAGUAUGGACUUGAAUGAUGAUGGACAGCUAUUUCGUAUUUGGGUCCAGGGGAAGGAGAACACUCUCUGUGAGACUGCAGUAGAGCAUUGAUAGACCAGAGACAGGACUCUGCCAACCAUCUUCCUAGUGACUACAAAUCCUAUUAAUGUGAACCAGUCAGGAAGAAGAGUGUUAUUUCUAUUUGAUAGGGUUUGGGCUUCUCCUGUCAGCUCUGUGUUGGUUGCCCCCUGAUCCUUCCAUUAUCAAGUUUUGAAGGGUGUCGGGAAAAUUAUGGCAGCUGCUAGGGAGAUCAGGGAAACACGGAUGCCACCUCCCAGCCUCUCGCCAUCCCUCUUGGCUUGGAAAGGCAUAUAUAUAUAUAUAUAUAUAUAUAUAUAUAUAUAUAUAUAUAUAUACAUUUCUAGAAAUAUUGCCAUUGUACCUUAGUAUUUCACAUUUGUAGUUUAAACAAGUGAUUGUCCAUCUGUUGCCUGAAGCUACAGUACAUGUGUGUUAUGAAUGAAAUAUGACAGCAUGUUCCAUACCCCUGCUUCAGCCAUCUGUAGACAACCAGCAACCGAAAAAGAUACCUCUGCAAAAUGUGCCUCAAGUCCAUGUCCUGGGAUGGCUCUUCUGGUGCACUUUCAUGAGAGACAAUCAAAAGCAAUCUGUAAUUGUGCCUUAUUUUUAAAUAAUCUUGUUUACACUACUAUGACUAUUGUUCAGUAAUAGAAUACUAAACCCCAGAUCUCAAAGAUGUAUUGCGCGCGCGCGCACGCACAAACACACACACACAUACAUAUACAUACACAUACACACACACAAAAUGGAGGGUAGGGGAGAGCUGCAUCACUUCCAUCUUAAUAUAUUGUUUUUUCAGUUUGGAAGGACCUCAUGAGUGUCAACAAGAGCAUACUCAUGGCCAAAGUGAUCUGUUAGGUGUUGUAAAUGCUUGUGAUUUGAUCAUCUUCUUGCUUUACUCAGAUAAAGACAGAGACUCGAGCCUGUAACACCCAUUCAGCACACACAUUUUAAAAUCAUUAUUUUUAUUAUUUGUUUGAAUUAAUAAGGAACAGUCUUGAUUAUUGAUCAAGUUAGGAUUAUGGUACAGCCAUGAAUAUUUCAGGACAAGUUAUGUAGUCGGUUGAUCAUUGGAAACUGCUGUGGUGCUGUAGGUUUGGUUGGCAUAGCUUUAUCUCAGACCUUUUACAGUUAACCUGGCCAAAGCUACUGUGAUCUAACGCAAGUGCAUAGCUCCUUGCUUUCUUCUCUCCGUUCCUCCUCCUUCCCCCUCUAUUCCUUCUUUCCAUUGUGCCUAUUAACACUGCCCUAUUAGGCUCGUCUCUUUAGUCUAGUUAGGAUACCAUAACAUUAUGAUUGCAUUAGAGGAGAAAGGUACCAGAACAUAUACUUAGCCUCCAAAAACCCUUGUUUUACAGAGGCAUACUCUUUAGGUUAUGUAUAUUCCUAGAGGGAGAUGUUGUCUUUCAGCUAUGUUUUAAUGUGGCCUUGUUGGGGACUUUACUCAUAGAGUCCUUCUUGAAAACGGAUCUAGUUUUCUCACCUGUGAAUAUGCAAAGUGAACUUUCUAAAGCUAGACUGCGAUUUGUUUUUAACUCAAAAGCAUUUUGACCACAAAACACUUGGAUUUUUAGUGACAGAACAUGAUUUUGUCCCACUGAAAUUAACUUGAUAAUUUUUCUUAUGGCAAGGGGAAACUAUUAAUUUUCCCAGUUUUUAACAUUAUCACUUAACCCAUGGUCCAUAUUAAAUUAUAAUAAUUCACUCACAGUAUUUGCAAGGGGUAGGUUAGCACUAGAACUUUUCUUAGAAUGUAGAUUAUUUUCCAGGCAUAUUUUCCCUUAGUACAGAGAAGAAAGAUACUAAUUUACUUUUCUGUUUUAAUUUUUUCUUCCUUAUGCAAAAAUUUUAGACAAUAUUUUAGUUAGCUACCAUGCAUAUGACUAAUUGUGGAAAGCUAUGUAAAAGACACAUUUUUAUCCAUCUGAUUGGAAAAAAAUGCUCAUAUCUUUUCUCUUUGCUUCUGAUUGGUAUUUGUUUUAUAGCAAUGUCUAAGCAGGAUGAUAAGUAUCUCUACUUCUAGCAUUUGUUAAAAAUUAGCAUACUACAAAUACUCAAAUUCUUUUGUAAUAUUUAGAACGAAGGGCUAAGUUAAGUUUUCCAAGAUGCUCAUCCACUUAGAAGCAAGACAAAACUUCAUUCAUCCUGAUAGUCAUCUACUGUUUAAACAGAAUACUGUUUAAAUAGGCACAAAUGCACUCUAUGAACUUAUCUUUGAACAUAACUUCUAAAUUCAGUUCUCAAUCUGAGAAGCAGAAUGUUCUGCCAGGAAUACAGAUGUCACCAUGUCACCUCGUGCUCUACCCCAGUGCUGGGAGGUCUUGCUGAACACAAACAAACAUACUUGGAGGCAGUGCCUGGGUAAACAGUGUUAUGGUCCUUAUAAAGAUCUGCAUUCUCUUGCUUUCGUGACUGAUGACUGUAACAUUUACCACUGGAUAUGGCCAGUGUGCAAUACUGCUCAAAGCAACCCCACCUAGCUGGAAAAUGACAUAGACCAUUCUAGAUUCUAGACUCUUCGCCUCUGUGGCUUUGAUAUCGCCAAGUCUUUCAGCUUCUCAUUGACAUUGACAUUGACAGUGCCUGUUACUUUCCUGCUUCUUGUGUCAUCAUUACCCCCAAAUAGUUCCUAAUUCUAUUUCCAUCUACUCUGUGGCUCCGCAAGUGCUGUCCAUCAGGGUGGGUGAAAGCACUUUUCUUGGGGUUGAGAGGAAAAGGAAUGCAAAGACUUCAAAGGUAACUGAGAAACUCCCUUGAAGAGAAUUCCCUCCGAAUGGUAGAUCACGUGUGCACACAGCCCUCUUAUUUCCCGCGCUGUUUUGUUUGUUGGUUGAACUUGUUGCAUCAGUGGCUGUGGUGCUGAAAGAAUCCAAGUCAUUGAGAAGCGAGGGAGUGAGCUAGGGGUUAUUCCCUCCACAAGAGUCCUGCUGCCUGGACUCAUAAAGACUCCCAUGUCCUUUGCCUUUCUGCUUGUCUUCUCAAGGAUCUCGCUGUCUAUAUUCCCGUGAUGGAUACAGAAAAAGGUUCUUGACACUUGGAAGUCUUGCAUCAAUAUUAGUCUUUGGUGUCAAAAGUCUUCCAUCUCAUUCCUAAUAUUUUUGUCUAAAGCAAGCAGCUUCCUUCCAUGAUCAGUUUGUCCUCUCCGUAAGAAUUCAGGAUUUAUCUUUUUUUGUCUCCUCAAUAUCCUUAUUCCUUAGCUGACCUUGUUUUAAUGAUCAUUGUUGAAUCACUCUGAGAGGUUCAAGCUGACUGCAAUAAGGUCAGUCUGUACUUCUUCCUAGGGAGGAGUGUGGCAUGGGAAAGACUAGUUUCUCACAUUGGCCUCUGUGGGAGUUCAGGGAGGACAUGUGAGGACAUCCUAGGCUGACUUACUGGCUUCAUUGGGAAGUUGGAAGAGCCCAACAGGACAGCAUAGGCUCCUUCCUGCAAAGACGCAUUGGCCACGAUGCAUGGAUUCUGGAGUCUUAGUAACAGCAAGAGAAGCUCUCAGAUACUCAGGCUCAGUGAGAGAGGAAAGUCAGCAAAGAAAAAUAAACUGUUAAUCCCUUCCCAUCAACAUUCUAGCUGGAGGAGGGGAUGAUUGGUCAGAAACAGCUUCCUGUUGUCUUUGUUGCAACAAGUGCAUUCUUCUUGAACCACACUACCUCCUCAGCUCUUGCAGCAAGUGUGCCUGUCUUUUGAACCCUCAGAAAGGAACAAGCAGCCCUUGUCUACUUUUUUGUUCUUCUAGGAACGCAAUGAGGGCUCCCAGCCAUCUGUCCCAUUUGCUGUUUCCAGUUCUCUUACUGACUCCAUGCUGCACAGUGAAGUUUGCUCAAAUGGCGCCUGUCAAGGAACUCAGCACCCUGUGAGGAAGUCUCUUUGUUUCAGCUGUCCUUGUCAUUAAAACAGGGCCAGUCUUUGGGCUUAUGUCUUCCUGGGUUCGUAAAACAAACCUAUAAAACAAAAUAAAAUACCAGCUUCCCCCCUGUUUUUACCUCCACUGUAUUUGUUUGGUUUUUUGGGGAUGUGUGACUUUUAAAAACAACUUCUGUUUUUAGCCAAAGAGUAGAAAAGCUUUAAACAUCCAUAAAAACCAGUCAAAAAGAUUUCUGACAAUCACGUGUUGGACUCUUUGUGAAUUCUGUUGGUUGUAUUUUCUGUUCAGGAAACAAACCGUCCUGACAGUGGUCAGAAAGCUUCGUGCCCUUCCUUAGUAACUGUCCCGUGAACAGUUUGCUCCAUUUAUCUGACCCACUGAUAAUGACGUUUAAAAUGUUGGGAAACAUCACUGUGUAAACGCCAGCUUUCACAAGGAAAAAGUCCAAAAGUAUGGUGGGACUGCUAAAAACUCAUCACUUCUGAUCAGUUCUUCAGCACAAAAACACACCAUCCUUAAGGAAAGAAUGUGUGAUGCUGCAUUUCAUGUAGAAACGUAUAAAUUCUCUCACAGUUGCCCUGGGUUACAGUUCAGCUAGCAAUCAUUAGUCUUUGGAAGGAGAAGAUUGUGUCUCUUCUACCCCAGCUUUGAAUUUGAGAGCCCUAUAGCAAGAGCCUGCUCUCUGCCCCUGGGUAGGUAGCACCUAUGCGUGGAUUUCAGAGCUGUAAAAUAAUAAAAUUCCUGAGAGAGCUUACAAACUGCUUUCACACAUAGAACAGCCCUGGGAAGAUGGUUAUUAAUAGCCCUGGCCUAGAAGAGAAAGCUGAGGUUCAGAAUCAUUAAGUGACUUGCCAAAAGCAAUGUAGCCAGUAAGUGUGAGAUCUGGGCAUGUACCCAACCCUGUCACAUACUUCUCACAGGGUACUGAAGGCCCUGUUU